CCACGCCGUCGUCGUGCACGCAGUCCCAGGAGGCUCGCUCACGCACACACGGACAGACCCACGUCACAUCAUCACGUCUCAUCCUUUUUUUUCCCAAACGCGAUGGCCUUCAAAGGCAGCAACGGCGUGGCCGUGGAGAGACGUGUCGACCUGGCGUCCCUUUUCUGUAUGAUCGGGCGGCACGGUCCGGCCGUGGCUCUGGCCGUGUUCGCUGUGGUGUCCGUGCUGGCGGGCUUCGUCAUCUACCGAACCGUCAGGGGGAAGAGGAGGAGGAAGACCGAAGAAGACAAGAACCCCCUGACGGAGAGAGACGAGUCUGUAACGCAGGCCGGAUCGGAAGCAGAAAGAUCUGCUGCCCCAACAGAAGUUACAAAUGAAGACUCGUUAGAUGUAAGCAACGAGCGUAAAGAGCUGACGGAAACUCACCCUAAAGUCCGGCAACGUCGUGCUACUGCUACUGCUGCUGCUGCUGAGAAGGACUUGUCGCUACGUUCGCCUCCUAAGAGUGACGUCCAAGCACCAGUCAACCGCCAUGAUGCUUCACCUCAGACACGGGGAAUGGAAUCGGUGCCAUCCUCUUCCACUGAAGCAAAUGUGUACUCGGAGGACUGCUGUCCGAUCCUGGCGGGUGAUGCUGGUGUUUGUCACCUCAGUGUGAUAGACGCCGGUGUUAAGGAUGAAGUAUUGAAAGAAUGGGAUCUUACCACAGAUGAGGAUAUUGUCAUGGAGAAAUCCACACAAGAGGGAAACGCUUCUCUUAUGGGGGAAUAUGCUGAUCAUGACAAACAAGACAAUGGAGCCACACUGGAGAUUGAAAGAGUGGAGCUCAACUUGGAAGAAUAUGUCAUUCCAACACACAAGAACCAAAAUCACGAUAUUGAGGAUGUACAUCACCGCCAAGACAUCACUCCGGGAGAGGGGAGAACAAUCGAGGUCAUCCGGGCUGAAGAGGAGAAGAAAGUAGACGUAGAUCUCUUGAAGAACACGCCUGUUAAUGUUGAUGCUCAGUCACCGAAGUUGGAGUAUAACGAGGACCAUAGCCUCACAUGCAACCAAGUGACUGAUGUUCUCCCAGCUAAAGCUGAUACUGCAGAGAGUGGUCAAAUAGGUAGCAGUAGUGAAGACAAAGGCGGGUCAAGUGUCCAAACAAUGGUUGACGAUCUUGUGUCACUUAUCACCUCUGAUGUAAUAGCCCACAUGGACCAGUCAGCAAAUGAUCAAAAAUCACAGAAAGUAGAAGUUCUGACUGUGGAUCAAGAUGGGGCACUUCCAGUAACAUUGGGUCAAAGCAUAACUGGAAUGAUUGGAAAUGGUACAACCACAGCGGAAGAAGAGGCACCGGUUUACCGUAUGUUCCAAACCCAUGUUCUCCUCAGUGAUGAUCAAGAAAGCGUUCAGGAGAUCGACGAUAAUCCAACUGGUCCUGAUACAAUUGGAGAUACAGAUCCAUCCAUUCAGGAACUGAGGGUUGCCUCUGCAGUUGAUACAGAUGCCAGAGACUACAUCCUCCAACAAAAUGGCGAAAAUGAUGAUGAUUUUUCUUUUGUUGUCAUUGAUCCUGCUCUUCACAUGACCCUACCGCUGUGUGAGCCUAGCGAGCUGAGGGAUAACGAUAUCUCAUGUGGUGUCGGUGAAGAGAGCGGAAUAUCCAGCAUGGCCGUCAGUCCUGAUUUGCUAGAUCCCGGCAAUACCUUGGAGCUGCCGUUGAUGGAUCAUGAGCCACGGGACGAGGAGAAACCAGAACCUCCAACUUGCCUCUUGGCUGACGUUGCAACUCUGUCAGGCGUGGAAGACGUUGCAUCAGGAAUGGGGUUUGAACCUCACCCAGAGCCACUAUCUAAACACGGGUCAUUAACAGCGAAUUGGGACCUGGUGAGCCAUGAAGUCCAAAAAGUGGAGGUGGCAAGUGAUGUUUGGAAAAAUCAAGUGGACAUGAAAGUUUCUGAAGGUGCAAGUGUUCGAGAGAAAAUGAAAUGUGCAGAAAAUAAAGACGACGCCUAUGCACAGACUGAAAUAAAUAUCAUGGAGGCAACUAUGGACCAUAACGAGUGGAUCACAGAUGGUAACCAACACCUUCCCUGGAUGAACAUCUCUCUGGGGUCUUCUAGCCAUUAUCCCACAACCCGCCUGCUUCCCACUGAAGAAUGCAUCCACACGGAUCGAGACCCCCCGACUCUCUCUGAAGUCAAGCAAAUAAAUGGACUCCAUGAAAACACAGGAAGUAAGAACGUCAGGGUGACCUUCCGGGUCCACUACUUCACCCAAUCGCCCUUCCAGUCGUUGGCCGUCACGGGGAACCAUCAGGGGCUCGGGAACUGGAAGGGGUUCAUCCCUCUCGAGAGAGCGAAGGACGGACUCUGGGCCGGCAUGGUGAGUCUUCCCGCCGAGAGCCACGUGCAGUGGAAGUUUGUGGUGGUGGACAAGGGGGCGGUGUGUCGCUGGGAAGAAUGCGGUAACAGACUUCUCCAUACCGGACGUGGUGACGACCUGCUCGUGCACAAAUGGUGGGGAUUCCUGUGAGGGGAACGUGAUGACGAGGUACGUUCGAUACCGCAUUGCAUUGCAAUAGUAACUGGGGCUGUUUUCAACACAAAUGUGGUUGUUUUUAUUGUGAGCGAGUGGGACGCAAAGUAGAUUGAUACUCACACAAAUGUCAGACCAAUAGUUGGACCUCGGUACGGCUUUGAAUGCGUUCACAGGCACGGUACACUGCUUUGUUUAGGAAAACUACAUUACAUGUCACUGACACGGUAUUUCUCACCUUGGCACCAGUUGGAUUGUUUUGACGUCACGUUUUACAGUAUGUGUCCAAGCAGCUAAUUAUAUCAUGCACAUUCAAUACUUUGAGAUGUAUUUCUGUAAAAAUCUUCACUUUGUGGCCAUUUUUAUAAAGGUUUCAGCCAAAACUUCCAUUAGAAACAGCCACUUAUUCGAAGAUAAUAUCCCGUUAUUAUGCAAUGAACACCUUUUUUUAAAUGGAGUCAUUUGUAUAAAGACUGUAAUACUGUUUAUGCUGCUGUGAGAGUACAUGCACGCCGUUCACUUUUCUACAUCAGCAAUAAUCAAAUCAAUAACUACUGUGUAUCGAUAUUGUAAACUCUUUUUUUUCUUCCCAGUGCAUGAAACAGUCUCCCUUCAAUCACAGUCCAACAGUGCCUUUUUUAGAAAAAGAAAUAUAUAACUGCAAUCUAUACUCAAAUGAUAUCUUAUUAUGCAAUCUUGUGGUGAUGUUAUUUGGAUGUAUUGUAAAGAACUUGUCAUAAAUGGAAACAUAUGAAUGCAUUUAUUAAAGGCCAGUUAAUUAAAUGUAGCAGUGUCAGUCUUCAAUGAGGACUUUGUGUCUGGGGAAAGGCUUACUAUGCUUCUCUGGAGGUGGACCCGUGCCAUCAUCAAUGCAGUUGUUCCUCUCGCUUGCUUUUGAUGAUUGAUAACUUUGUGGGGACCGAUCCUUGCCUCCUUUUCAUUUUGUUUUUCCACUACGUGGUCCUCGGACAACUCGCAAGUGAUCACCAUCCACCAUAAGCAGAAUAAGAACUUUGGUUCUCAGGAUUUGCUUCUCCGUGCUAUCUAGAGGACCUCUGCUCCUUCUCAGUGUGACUCAUCCACAGGGACGGUAUUGAACGCUGAACUUUGGUACAUUAUCAACAACCUGCAUCUCUGAGCCAAGCGUGGACUCUGGCACUUGUUUGACCCACUUUAAAUGGGUUCAGGGGGGCGAUGCCCCCAGAAAGUGGUGGCUUUUGUGCAGAUGUUAGCUUUGACCACCCUUUCUGUGAUCCAGAACUGAUAACUUUUAUGACAGGUGAAGGUUCUUCCUCUUGUAAUCUAACGGGGCAUGUUCGAGCACAGACUUUGCUGAUGAAAGGGCCAAACUAAACAAAAAAAGAUGUCCAUGUGAUAUUCCGGGUCUCCUCAAAUGCAACACGCUCCCUUGCCUGCUAAUGUGUCAGUACAGAGUGUACGCACUUUCUAAGGUUAAGGCUAAUCCUUUAUUUAGACCCGGGGCUUACAACUGACACCACAAAUCCUGACUCGUGUGUUACUCUGUCAGUCCUGAGAGUCAAGGGGCCACCUCAGUUUGAUGUUCACGCAAAAGUCUGAGCUCCUCAGUUCCACAACGCAGAAGUAGAAGUCGUCUCCUCAAAUAUCGAACAUUUCGUCUAUAGACCGCUCGAUCCACUGCUUCCAAACUCUCCUGCGAGCUUGAUGUUGAUAUCCUUGUCCAAUUUCAG